AGUUGCACUUUUCCAGACACGGUUUGGGACGCACCCACUGUUUAUAAGACUGGAGCUAGGCUAACAAGACAAGUUUGUUGACGAUGUUUUUUAGACGGAUACCGUUUAAUCAGAUCGCCUUCGCGACUGUGGUCGGAGUUGGAGGAGGGAUUUAUAUCUACAGACCCAUGUUUGAGCAUCACAGCAAAAACACAAGUGAAGAAAAUAAAACUCAGACUGAAAAUAAAGGACAAAACAACACGGACAAGUGACUGGAGGACAGGAAAAGUGGAAGAACAUGACGAGGAGGAGCAAAGAUCAGAAAAGGGAGCAUCACUUUCUUCAUCAUCAUCAUCACCACCAUCAUUAUACUUCAAAUUAAUGUUAAUAAAAGAAGGAUAAAAAGGGGACAAUUUGAUAAAGAUGAUAAUACAUGAGUCAAAAGACCCACAAGAAUGAUUAUUAAUAAUAAUAAUAAUAAUAAUAAUAAUAAUAAUAAUAAUGAUGAUAAAGUUUUAAUGUUCAACAAGAAAGUUGUUUCUCUGUGAAUUCUUGGAUCUUGUUUUAAGAUGUUGUCAUUGCGUAGACUUAUUUAUGAUUCUGGAUACAUUGGAAUUUAUGUGAUUUGUGUGAAAAUCCCAUCAUUUCAGCAAUAAAAACAAAACAGAAAACCUGUGUAA